AUAAGGACCGCUUGCACCGCAUGCCGGCACCUUUGGGUCAAUGCAAGUUGUUUUUUCUUCGCCCGACAAGCUUUGCAGGGCCAGUCGAACGGGUGCAAAGGAUUGGGAAAAUCGCCUCGGUAUUGGCGAGCAGUUGAGUUACGUCGAUAUAUUCUGGGGGCUCGCCCUGAAUUACCCUUCGCAAGUGCGGGCCUCAGUUCGAAACACUAUUUGCCGAUCGCACAUCAGUUUUCCUUUCAAUCCCGUCGAGUGCAGUAGUCGGUGAAUUUGUUCGUGUGCGCAGGCAAAGCAAGAUGAUAACGCUUCUUUUGCUAGGUUUUGGCAUCCUUUCGCUUUACGUGUACUGUAAGAUAAAGUUUAAGUUUGCGGAAAAAAUACCCUGCGUCGAGCCGCUGCAUCCCGUGUUUGGCAAUGGGCUCGAGUUUGCGCAGAAGAACUCGUACGAAAUCUUUAAGAGCCUUUCGCAUGCGUACAAGGAUAAUAAACGCAUCUUCAAGCUAUGCUUCGGCCCCAUACCGGUUAUCUGUGUGUCGCAUCCAGAUCUGAUACAAAAAAUUAUGACCGACCCAGCCACCAUGGACAAACCGUUCGUGUAUGAUUUCAUGCGCGUGGAGCACGGAUUGCUUACGGCAAAGUAUGAAGAAUGGCGUGUGCAUCGCAAAGCACUGAAUCCAACGUUUAACACGCGCAUCCUAAGCAGCUUCAUACCAAUCUUUACCGAUUGUGUGGCGAAAAUGAUCAGCAACAUGCAGAAGCAUGUGGGCGAUGACAAACCGAUCAACAUGCUAGAGCUUACCUCGCCCUGUACGCUGGAAAUGAUUUGCCGUACCUCACUCGGCGGUCAGGUACUUGAAAGGGAAGGCAAGCAGGCAUUUAUCGAAGGGCUGGAAAUUAUCCUUCGCAAUGUAGGCGUACGAAUAUUUAACGCAAAUCUCUACCCCGAAUUUGUGUACAAGCACACACACUUGUAUCGAGAAGAAAUGGACGCACGUAAAAUAUGUUACGCUUUCACGGACAAGGUAAUUCGUGAAAAGCGUGCAAAGUUUGAAGAGCAGCUGCGUCGUUCGGCCGACAGUAACAACAAUAACGCGAUGAUCGAUGAAAAUGGCAACGUCGUCUUCGCCGAUGAAGAAGACGAUAUGCUGAACUACAAGAAACCGCAAAUCUUUGUCGACCAACUGCUGACCAUACCGAACAAUGGUAAACCGUUUACGCACCAGGAGAUCACCGAUCACAUCUACACGAUGAUUGCUGCUGGUAAUGAGACAUCCGCAACGCAGACCGCCCACGCCUGUCUGCUGCUGGCCAUGCACCCCGAGAUACAGGAACGAGCUGCAGCGGAAGUGCGGGAGGUGCUGGCGGACGAUGUGGAGUACACGCAUGAAAUACUCAAGCAGAUGGAAUACCUGGAACUUGUCAUUAAGGAAUCGCAACGACUCUGCCCGGUGGCGGCCGUAUUCGGUCGUAAGGCAAUUCAAGAUAUUCAGCUAGAUGAGUAUAUCAUUCCGAAAGGGUUCAUUCUGCUGUUGAAUCCCUUUGCACUGCACCGGCAGAAGGAGUAUUGGGGCCCGAACGCCGACAAGUUCGAUCCGGACCAUUUCUUGCCGGACCGCGUCAAGGCACGGCACCCGUACGCCUAUCUGCCGUUCAGUGCUGGACCGCGCGGCUGCAUCGGUAGCCGUUACGCUAUGAUGAGCUUGAAAAUUAUGCUGUCACAAAUUUUGAAAAACUUUAAACUUACCACCGAAAUACCGUACGAGAAGAUGGAAUUCAAGUUCAAGGUCUCCAUGCAUCUGGCCUUCGAGCAUCUGAUAAAACUAGAGCCACGUGUGUAGGAGCGUUCGUUACACUUGCUUGCAUUGAAGUCUUUCGUUUUGUGAUUUCACCACUGCUUGUGAGUCACUCUCGCUGGUUAAAAAGUUCAUCAUGUUCCAUACGGUAGGGAAAAAUAGUACCAACGAAUGUCAUGGAAUCAUUUGUGAAUUGUGUUUUAUGAGUACGAUCGCUUAUCUAAACUUGAUGCAACGAUAAACUACCGACCUAACUAAGCAUACUAAUGUAACAGCGUUGCCAUUACAACGCUGCUGUGUAUGCAGUCAGGGGCAUUCGUUUAAUCCUCCCUAGGGUAGAUGCGCUGCAAUUGAAUGUAAAAUUACACACCUAGACGCGUAAAUGUAUUCUUUUGUAAUUGUCUGAAACACGCAAUAAUGCUGCAUUGAUUUACGCAACGGACAAUUGGAUUAGAUAAUGCUAUCAACUUGUUGUUUUGUGUUUUCGGCGUUUGCUGCGUUUCCGAGAACGGAACACAUGCUUAUCAAAUCGGAAAUUAUGUGCAGCGUUGAUUCCACGUUCUUAGACGUUCACUUCCUAC